UUAUAAGCUUUGGUAAGACUUUACUUUGUUAUUUCUGAGAGAAGUGGGAUAUGUUCUGUAGUGCUGUGUUGUUUGUGUGACUCCUGAUAUGCAGAUUUGUGUGUCUUUGUGUACCUCACGAGUGACGGCCAUGCCAGUUAGAGUGUCUUUCUUCCUCUGAAAAUGCCUUGAAGUCUCUUGGGAACUUUGAGUUAUUUUUUGCUGCUUUUAAAGGCUUCAUGUCUGUAUUCAUCCUGUUGGAAACUGCCCACCUCCCAUUUUCAUUCCCCCGUCUACUCCUGUUUCUUCAUCUUUCUGUUUUCUCAAUAUCGUAAUGUGUAUUAGUGCAUUUGUGGUCGGAUAUUUUGCAUUUCUUCUUUGUUUGCAACAUCUGGAGCAUUAACAGUGCUGUAUCUGUGGAUGCUAAAAGUAAAGGCAUGGAUGUUGAGAUGUGACCUGUCUCUUGGACAAGCGCUCUCUGAGGUGUGUUAGGAAGAGCUUGCCAUGGUCACCAAAGACAACGCUAACUCUGGCUCUGUUGGAAAGACAACCUGUGUGAAGAAGCAAAAGUGUAUGAUGAACAGUUCUCAAAAGGAUGGGACGCUUUUCAGGGACCCGCAGAAGACCAUUUUUGAACCCGAACUGACUCUAGAGGUCACGGCUAAUGAUGGAAGGAAAACAAAUCCGACAGAGGUCGCAUCGAACGGUGUUAUAGGAACAAAUGAACAGACAUGUAAUUCAUGGAGCGUUUCCAAUGUCCAAAAUCUGAAAGAGAUGCAAUAUCUGCACCACGAGGCGGAGGACAGUCUAAUUGACGCGUCACUGGACAUUGACAAGUCCUCUCUCAUGGGUUUCAUCGACUCCAGCUACUUGGAGAGCUCGGAGGAUGUUCAGACCGUUCCCUGCAUCCAGGUGGACGUGAAAACGGAUGUGGUGCUGAUUGAUGAGGAUGAUGAUGAUAUGUCCCUUAGGGAGAGGACAGUGACGGACAUGUCCACUACGGACGGGAACGCGGCCGAGCUCGUGUGUGGGGGUCUCCAGUCAAUCUCCUCUGACUCCUCCCACUCUUUGUGUGAUGGGCGGAGUCAAGAGCAAGGCUCGAUCAUGGAGACUCCUAAUGAGGAGCAGGAGCUGCCCAAAAAACACACACGCUCCUGCUGCCUCUGUGUUAUCAUAUGAUAAAAAAGGUCCAAUAUUAUACACUUUUUGAGCAUUUUUUUUCUUAAACGUAAUUUUAUAAUGUUACGGCCUGUUCAUAUCAAGGACGAUAAAAAUUACUUUAACGUCAACUUUAAAAGACAAUAUCAUUCUGUUUAUUAAAAGCACGCAUUGCAGUUUUGUCGUCUGCCACUUUAAAUACUUGAGCGCUUUAAAGAAGGAUGGAUUCUGAUUGGUUGUCAAAAAUCCAAAAUCAUUUAAAAAUUAUUCUGAAAGUGAUU